AUGCCUUUUCCAUGGAAGAAAGCCAAAGUAACUCGUAUCUCCCGGCUGGUUGCUGACCUCCAUCAAUCCCCCAAACGCGGCAGAUCCCUUGUGGUGGAAACUGGGUUCCCAACCUCCCUCAUCGAUCUCUUCGUCAAAAACCGUGAUCGCUUGAGAAAACAAAGGAAAUCCAGCCCCCAGAUCCAAACCCCUUCCACCCAUGUACCCUCCUCGCCUCCCCAAUCAUUCCCUUCCCCUCCCUGCAUUGAAGAGCUACAAUCUCCUCAAAUAGAUGUUAGUAAGUUAGUGUUAGUUAAGACAGAAUGCGAGGAGAAGAUUCCUUUUCAUGCAGCGUUUAAAGUUUUUUUGGUGGCGGCUCUGGCUGUUAGUACCAGAAAUGUUGCGCUUUGGAUCAUGGUGGCUGCAUUCUUGCUUGUGCUAAUAGAGUUUGUUGGGACGCGUUUUUUUGGUUUCUUAAGACCAGAAUGUAAGAUGGUUUUCUUGGAUUCUUUGAUUCGAAAGGUUUUGUUGGUUUUGAAGACAUGGGGUUGGGAACAAGGAUCAUCAGCCGAGGAAUUGGUUGUCAAACAACAAGGAACUCUUUUCCCUGAUUCUUGUUGGUCGAUUGAAUUGGAAGAUAAUUGCGUUGAGGAAAUUCAGAUUGCGGAAUCGAAAUUUGAUUGCGUUACUGUUGGUAAAGGCUGUGAAAGUUUAGAGACACAGAUAAAAGAGGAUGAGAUGGAGACAAGAAGGGAAAUCUUAGCAUGUAAGAGUGAGCGUAGUCGAACUGCUAGAAUUAAAAGAGCUUUUAUCAAGAAAUUUGUUUCAAAGAAGCUGCGUCAUGGAAAGAAGCAAGGAAAGAGUAACAAUAAGGAUGAAUCAUAUAGUGAAUUACAUAAAAUGAACGAGAUUGGAGAGGAAAAGCGAGGAAAAGAUGAUGAAGAAGAAAGUUGCAAAGAAGUUGGAGAUGUGGUUUCAACUUCUGUUCAACAUUUGUGGGUUGAGUCAGAAAUUGGAAUUGUUAAAGACAAGGUGGAGAAUGUUAGAAAAGGGAAAUCAGGGUAUCUGAUUCUGUUUGUGAUUGUUCUUGCCGGACUUGUUGGAGGGCGAGCUAGAUUUCUGGGUGGGUGGCCUCUCUUCGAAGAAGAAAAGCAUCUUCAGAUUCGGCUUCUGGUUGAAUCUGCUGCUUGA